UAGUGGACGGCGGCGAAGUUUUUGUAGCGGGGAACUGGCUCCCGAGCUGCAAGUUCUUUAAAGAUGAGCACUUCCUGGCCGCGUUUGGUCUGAGCCCGGCUUUUCCCAAGGGUAAUUCGGCAACAAGGGGGGUUCGGUUGACUUGUUUUUGCUUUAUUUGCUAUAUUUUGCUAACUGUUUGUCUUUUUACAGAGGCUUCUCUUGCUUACAUAAAGGAAACAGACCCGGACAUGGCCGAACGACUAACCUCCGCCGCUCUGAAGGCUGCUCGGAUUGGGCCGAGAUGAAGGCGAAUAAGAUUAACAAGCCUUCUAAGCCAAAGGAUCCUUCCAAUCCCAAGCCGAGAAAGCGCAAGGAGCGCACUGAAGAGAGGGUGGAAAUGACGGAGAAGGCUUUGGCGAAGGCCCGAGCCGAGAAGGAGGCCUCGGCCAAGAAGGCAAGGCAAGAGCCUUCUGUUGAGGUGAAUAGCCCCCGCCCGGCUUCUGGGGACGAGGGGACACACAUUUCCCUUCACCCAGAGGAUUUCGAGCCGGUUCGAAGUCCAAGCCACGUACAGGGGACCUCGCACACCGAGCAGACCUUAUCCGAGGCGCCGGUCCCCUUUACUCAAAUGUCCAAGACGGACAAGAAAGAACGGAUUGCCAGUGCCCUGGAAAUACUGGUUACCCAAACCGACCGAGAUCAUAUCAACGCGGUGAAUGGGAGAAACGAAUCGAGCGAACUCUUUCGCUCCUGGAUGGAUUUUUCCAUCCGGAUGACCAAGGUAGCCGAGGACCGGUCACACUGGUGCAGGAGGUUCAGAGCCUGAAGGAGGCGGCUCGGAAGCAUUCGAUGAGGUCUACCAG